CACUCAACCUUCGAAUUCCGCUGGCUCGCCGCUCUGAUCCAGAAACUCUCCGCACUCACAAUGCGAGAUUACUUCAUCAAUCUCGCGGUGCUCGCUUGCAUUAUUGUCACCUUUGCGCUAGCGUACAAGAUCUGUAGCAAGACUAUGCGCUGUCAGCGAUGUCGAGUGGAUAGAGCAGCGCAGCGCGAGGAAAGAAAAGCCCGGAGAGCUUAUAAGGCCGCAGCCCGACGACAUAAAUGGAGACAGUGGUGGGAGGGCAAGACCUACCCGAAAUUCGAACCCGUGCCGAUGGCUCCCCUCGCGCAGCAGGAUUUGCCUGACAGAGAUCUGGAACUGGGUCGGCAGUCUGAUGUGGAGUCGUGUGUUAUUUCUGAGCCUGUGAAUUUGCAGACGGAGAUUCAGGAUUUCAGGCAGGCGCUGGAGUAUGUCGGGGACUUGGUCCGGGGGAGUGCUGCACAUCCCCAUGAAAGUAAAAUGGAUGAGGAGGCAGGCCUUUACAAGGUGGACAGGGCGGGGUCAGAUACGGCAGCUUCGUCGACGGUGGGGUUGGCAACAGUGAUGUCUACGGGGUCGAGCAGCUUGAAGAGUUUGGAUUUAUGGGGUCGCCGCCCCCCAGUUAUCAUUCAUGACGGACGUAUGUAA